AUGGCUCGACGAUCGACACAAUGGAGGUCGUGGUCCUCUCUCUUCGCCAGCGCCCUGCUUGCCACCAGCGCCAUGGCCGCCGAUAUUCUCAAAACCUCUGGAUUUAGCGACUGCGGCUCCGAUGCCACCAUCAAGGUGGACAAAAUUAACAUUACGUACGACAACGCCAACAAGACGGUCAUAUUUGAUGUCGCCGGCAGAAGCACCAAGGAGCAGAACGUCACCGCCCAUCUGAGUGUCACCGCUUAUGGAAACCAGAUCUAUCAGCGCUCCUUCAAUCCCUGCGACGAAUCGACCUUUAUCCAGCAGCUCUGCCCUCUCCCUGUCGGCGACUUUGCGGCCCGUGGUUCCCAGCAGAUUCCCGAACAGUUUGCCAAGAUGGUCCCCGCCAUCGCCUUCCAGGUCCCCGAUAUUGCUGCCGAUACCAAGCUCGAGCUCGAGUCUGCCGAUACCAAGAAGAAGGUCGCCUGCAUCGAGUCAUCUGUCACCAAUGGAAAGACUGUCAACGUCCCCGCAGUCUCGUACGUUGCGGCCGGUAUUGCUGGUGUUGCUUUCCUUGCCAGUGGUGUCUCCGCUGCUGGUGCGGCUCUCAGCAGUGGUGCUGGCGGCGCCGGUACCGUCAGCCCUAGCUUCUCCGAGACGGUUGGCUGGUUCCAGGGAAUGGCCAUGAACGGUAUGCUUUCCGUCAGCUACCCUCCCGUCUAUCAGAGCUUUACCAAGAACUUUGCCUUUUCCGUCGGCUUGGUUCCCUGGUCUGGCAUGCUUUCUGCAAUUGACAGCCUACGUGCAAGCACUGGAGGCAAUUUGACCGACGACAAUGUUGAGUAUAUUGCCAACGCUACGGCUGGCCAAACCGGUGUACUGCACUUCAAGCGUGCUGUUAGUGCUGUCGCUGCCAUUGCCCUCCGCGACAUCGAAACUUCAGUCAACGGUACCGAGAACGCUCCUGCCGGCACCACCGCUCAGCAAACUGUUCAAGGCAUCGAGGCCUAUGCCCGCAAGGUAUCUGUCCCCAAGUCUGACGUCUUCAUGACCGCUCUCCUAGUCGUCGCCAUUGUCAUUGCUAGCAUUGUCCUUGGCAUGGUGCUUCUAAAAGUUAUUCUCGAGGCCUGGGCUAUUUGGGGCACCUUCCCUGAGUCGCUCAAGGGCUUUCGCAAGCACUACUGGGGCUCCAUUGCUCGUACAAUCACCAAUUUGAUCCUGCUUCUCUACGGAAUUUGGGUCCUGUACUGCAUCUUUCAGUUUUCCCGUGCCGAUUCUUCCUGGCUUGCCAAAACCCUCGCCGGUGUUACACUCGCUCUCUUUACCGGUAUCCUGGCCUUCUUUACCUGGAAAAUUUAUUCGACCGUGCAGAAACUCAAGGCUGCCGAGGGUGACGCUGCCGGCCUCUACGAAAACAAGGAACUGUGGACCAAGUACUCGCUCUUCUACGAUGCCUACCGCAAGAACUACUGGUGGCUCUUUAUUCCCGCCAUCAUCUACAUGUUUGCCAAGGGUGCUUGCAUUGCUGCCGGUGAUGGCCAUGGCAUGCAGCAAACCAUUGCUCAACUCGUCAUUGAGGGUUGCAUGCUUGUCCUACUUAUCUGGAGCCGUCCCUAUGAGCGCCGCGCCGGCAACAUUCUCAACAUCGUCAUCCAGACGAUUCGUGUCCUUUCCGUCGGCUGCAUCCUCAUCUUUGUUGAAGAGCUCGGUGUCGCACAGACCACCAAGACUGUCACUGGCGUCGUAUUGAUUGUUGUCCAGUCCGCUCUGACCGGUGUUCUCGCCAUCCUCGUCGCCUGGAAUGCCAUCAAUGCAUGCAUCACUGCCAACCCCCACCGUCUGCGCAGAAAGGAGAUGGAGAAGCGCAACCGCGAACUUGAUACUCUGACGCCUCUUGAUGCCCACAACUCUCUUCUCAUCCGUCCGGGUAGCGAAAAGUCGUUUUACUCUGUCUCUACCGUCGAGAUGGACAAGAAGGAUGCCCACGUCCCGCGCGAGAUCCCCAAUCCUUAUUCAUCCUACAACCGCCAAGCCGACGAUGUCGAGCGCCAGCCCCUGGCUCCUGGACCCUACCGCGAUGAGCCAACGAGAACCUUGACACACAACGAGCCACGCACCUAUGGCCACGCGCGACAGCCCACGUUUCCUGACCUUGAUAACAAUGCCAGCUACCGCGGCGUUCCACAAACAAACCAAGGCUACCACUGGUGA